AUGUGUCCAAAUCUCUCUAAGGUAGACAACAAGAAUGCUAAAAGCGCUCUGGAGAAGCCCAAGGGAGACUUCUCUCUAGACACUCCUACCAAGGUGCAGAGAGCCGCUGUUUUUGUCAGAAUUGGGAUUGAGUGGUUGCUGGGCGCCUGCUCGUGCCUUUUCCUUUUAAUGGGCCUGCACAGAGACAUCACAAAGGACGGUCUUGUCUCUGUAGUGCCGAAGGUAGUUAUCUUUUUUUCAGUGUGCGUCUCAAUGUACAGCUGGAGACAGGCAAUUCUUAACUCUCUUCUCUCUAGGAAGGAGGAGCAUCUAUUCUUCCACAAGACAACAAUCGCCAUCAUCAUUGGCCUAUUUGGUGCUAUUUCGGGGAAUCCGUGGUUCCUAUUUUUUUUAACAAGCCGCUCCCUUAGCAUGCAGAUGUUUGUUCUGAUGUUUUUUACGCAUAGCAUUAUUUGGGGCUCUACUUUUUUCAUGGAGAGUGCGCUGAUAAAGCAGGUGAUCUUUCUAUAUCCAAUCAUAGCUACUGGUAUCGUGAACUUAGAGGAAAUUCUUUCUGAUAAAGGGAUGCACUGUGCAUAUAGAAAAAGCAAAAAGUAUCUUCUUGGCCUUUCCAUGACGUUUGUUUCUUUCUGUAUCAUAGGAUUUAUCUUUUCGCCGCAUGCUGAGGUCAACCAAAUACUCUUCACCACGCCAAAAAGACUUUAUGUAUAG